AUGGCUCCACCAAAGAAAACCGUUAAAAAGAUGGACCUUACGUCAUUCUUAAAUGAUGACACUUUUGGUUCAUCUUGGGCUGAAGAAGAUGUUGAUUUGAAUAAGAUUACAAUUCCUAUUGAAACUGCUAACGCAAAUACCAUUCCAUUGUCCGAAUUAGCACAUGCUAAAAACAACAGUAACAACAUGCGUUCAGGCGGCUUCGGUGGCAGUUUCGGUGGCAGUGGUGGUAGAUCCAGAUUAGACCCUGCUUUGGGAGGCGGUUCCUCUGAGAGAAGAGAGGAAUACCCUGUUCCGGAUGCUCCACCAUAUAGGGCUGUCAUAAACAACAUUCCAUGGGAUAUUACCCCAGAGGGGGUUCAAGCUUGGGUCGAGGAUGGUUUAGUCAAGCCUGAAGCUGUUGAGGAGGUUAUUUUGCCAAAGAAUCUAAGAGAUCCAACAAGAUUAAAGGGUAAUGCCUUUGUUACUUUGAAAGAAAGAACGGAUUUGGUUGCAGUUUUAAAAUUCAAUGGCACCAAGUUGAAUGAAAGAACCGUUUAUGUUUCUGUUGCCGCCCCAAGAAGAAUGGGUGGUGCAGAUGUUGAUUGGAGUAGUGCUAGAGGUUCCAAUUUCCAAGGUGAUGGAAGAGAAGAUGCGCCAGAUCUAGAUUGGGGUGCUGCUAGAGGGUCUAACUUCAGAGGUCCAAGAAGAGAAAGAGAAGAAGUUGAUAUUGACUGGACUGCUGCAAGAGGUUCUAAUUUCCAAAACUCCUCUAGACCACCUAGAAGAGAAAGAGAAGAACCAGACAUUGAUUGGACUGCCGCUAGAGGCUCUAACUUUCAGAAUUCUUCCAGACCACCAAGAAGAGAAAGGGAAGAACCAGAUAUUGAUUGGAGCGCUGCUAGAGGUUCUAAUUUCCAAAAUUCCUCAAGACCACCAAGAAGAGAGAGAGAAGAGCCAGACAUUGAUUGGAGUGCUGCUAGAGGCUCUAAUUUCCAAAACACUUCGAGGCCACCAAGAAGGGAAAGAGAAAGAGAAGAACCUGCUUUGGAUUGGGGUGCUGCAAGGGGCGCUCAAUUUGGUAAGCCUCAACAGGCCAAAAAUUCUUUCAAGGAUAGAUCUACAUCGAAUAAAAAGACUGCCGAAGAACAACCAAAGAUUCAGAAGUCUGUUUAUGAUGUGUUACGUACUGAAGAUGAUGAUGAAGAUGAAGAUGCUGAAAAACAAAGUGGGGAUGCAAAAGAAAACAAUGCUGAUGUCACAAUCGGGAAACUACAGGAAAAAGCCGCUCAAUUGACUGUUGAGGAUGGCGACGAUUGGGAAGUUGUUGGUAAGAAAUAG